CAGCACACUCACAGACACUCACAGCUACUACAUGCAUGCAUGCACUGAAUCUCUGACUGUGAGCCAGGUCACCCCACACACACUGUUGCCUUUUAUGCUUAAGAUGAUACUGCUCGUUUUGGCAGAGAACUGUAAUUACCACAUGCAGCCAUAUCGGAGGAGGAGCUUUACCAGAGCAACUGAACCAAAACAUAAGUUUUAUGGGUAGUAGGUGAAAACUUGUUGUUCAGUCUGGCUGAUAUGGUCUAGACCAGAUUGAUACCUGCAGUGGCACUGAUGGGGAAGGCCGGGCCUGUUUUCAGCUGUAUGAAACACAAUGGUCACGCCAUUUCCAUGGAAAUACAAAAGGUGAGACUGGACUCUGGACUGCAUAAAGCUGAGCUCAUUUCACGCUAGUGUCUCCCUUCGAAGCUCUAAGAAGCAAGAACUGCAGCAAAUACCAGCUCAAAGAAGCAUGUUCAAGUACACUCCUCCCUGGCAGGUGUUGUGCAACAGUCUAGAUCAUGAUUUUAAGAGACAGGCAUCAACUGUAACAGUCAACCCAUAUGAUGCAUACACACACCCCUUAGCAGAGAAGCAGUCUGUGAUCUAUUCCCAUUCUUCGUUGAGACCUUUGCUUCCAAGGCCUGCCCAAAAUCACCCACCACCCAGAGUCCCCAUGACUAGCAACCCAAAGCGUUGGGUGAUAAAGCCCUUCUCCCCUAAGCUAGAGCAGUUGGAUUUACGCUCCAUACUGAGCCCUACUGACCAACCACAGUCGCUAGAGAAAACGUGGAGUAGCAGAAAGGACGAUGAUUCUUUUAAUUAUAGCUUGGAAAGCACAACAGUAACAGGCAUGCAGCCCACUGUGAUGGUGUCAUCUGAGAGUGGCAAAAGCACUCCAGAAGUGGUUGUCCAGGCUCGACAAGUGUCUGUGUCUGAGGAUGGAAGUGACAGUGAAGACUGGAGGCCCAGUACCCCAAGCAACCCUAGCAGCCCUAACAGCAGCACAGGUUCACAUGUCGGGUUCUAUUCCUUUGUAGAUGACCCAGCUAGCCCAGAAGCAGAGCUUAAUAAAGUUUACAUGGUUUCUCCAACAAGACAGGCCAAGUUAAACACCCUGAAGCAGAAGAACACCUUUAAACUACAGACUUACACAGAGGGAAAUAGACCUGGAAGGCUGUUUGAAGAAACGAAUGGAGAUGACCUCUACCGAGUUGAGGAAGCCUCCACGGAGGAAAAUCCAGACCGAAUUGAGAUCAUUCGAAAUCAGGCACCCAAGAAAAGCCCUGCCCUUAAAGAACAGUGGAGUGCCUUAGAAAAUCUGGACCUCAGUAACACUCCACAAAGGCUCCUGGAUGGGUUUAGUUUGCUCUACAAACCAGUGAGUGCCAAGACUGAACAAGCCAGGGUUGAGCCUGAAGCCAUAGACAAGGAGCAAAUUGACUUCAAUGCAGCACGAAAGCAGUUUCUAAUAAUGGAACAAUCAAAAAAGAAUGCCUUCCAACAGAGUCAUCAGCAUCUCCCUUACUCUCCCAAAAUGCGAGGACGAACUAUGUCCUCAACAGCCAGCAUCUUUACUCCAAAAGAAGUAAGCAAAGAGAAUAGUCUAGAAGAGAAUCAGUUCACACUAGCAUCACAACAAAAGACAGAAGUAAACACUGUGACUGUGACAGAAGAUCAAAAAAAUGGAGUUCUGAGUGUUGCUAUAGAUGAUGUUGAAUCUGAUCUUGGUGAGCUAACAGUAGGUUAUACCAGUAAUGAGAGAAUUUCAAAUGACCCUUCCAUUUCGGAGAUGGGAAGCAGCUUGGCUUUGCUUAGUACGGAGGAGACUCCCAUUCAAAGGGAAAUUAGAAUUUCUAGAGAACGAGAAGAGGAUUUGCGGCGAUCAAGGGGUAUCUUGCGCACAGACAUUUCAGAGAUGGUGGAGAUCAGGACAAAACCAAUUCUUUCCUUUUCAUCAUCACAGAUAAAAGCUGCAAAAUCCAAGGAACCAAACAAAGUAAGCUUUCUUAUUCAGAGAGAGCUUGAACUUGACAAACAACAACAGUUCCCAAUCCCAGAUCAUAAUCAAAAAAACCAAGCACUGGAAAAGAAGUCGGCAUUUGAGUCACAUCCACAAGAAAUUCCAAACAUAUCUUUGAAGGCAAGUCAAAGAGAAAAUGAACUAGAGCAAAGAACAGAUUCUGCAGAUGACAUGUGGAUUACAGAGCAACCUGUUCUAUUAGAGGAAGGUGACCUCUCUGACACAAAGGAAGUUCUUUCCCCUUGCUGUCCACAUCGACAUCCUGAUGAAUCUACGCUUCAGAGAAGCACUGACUGCAGCACUUCUAGAAGCAAAGUCCAAAUAGGUCCAUAUUCUGAGAAAAACGACUAUUCUAAAGUAAGGGUUUAUAAUGAAAAUGGUGUUGACAGCCAAAACAGUAAUCCUAGAAGACAGAAAAAAUACUCCUGGAAUGUGGAAAAUGACAAUAACAUGCUACAGAAGAACAGAGUAUACUCUCCAACUAUUCUGUCCCAACUGAAUCUUGAAAAAACUAGGUACAGCCCUUCCUGGAGAUCUCACCUUGAGCCAACCAAUUGGAAACCUAAAAUGCAGAAUGCCCCAGACAGUAUCCGCCAAGAAAUCGAAGAGGACCUCAGAAGAGAACAAGAGCUUCAAGAGCUAAGAGAGUUUAUCUCAGUACCCAACUCAGCUGUGACUUCGCUGAAAACUUCCUCUAAACCCAGAUCUCCACUAAUCGGGAGUGAGGAAAACUUAUUAUCACCAGAAACUCCAAAGAGGCACAUAGAAGAAGUGGAUUCUAUGCCUCCAGAAAAGAAGACAGAUCAUAGUUCCCCUUAUUCCUGGAGUCUGGCUACUUCCUCUGUAUUCCAGUUAUCCAUGGCAGAUAAAAGUCAACAGAUGUCCUCACCACUACAGAAUUCCAGACUGCCUUCUAUGUCAAUAAUAACACCCCAGCCUUGGGGCAACCAAAAGCCCAUGUCCCCAACAGUUUCCUUGAUAACCCCCAUCAAACCCUUGAGUGCACCGGUUGACAUGUUAUCACCCACCUCUCAAAAAGGUCUGACUGAGACACUGCUCAAGGACUUUGAGGACAGGAAAAUAAAACUGAAGCUGGAAGAAAGUGCAUAUGCUGGAAUCCAACCUAUCGAUGCCAUAAACAAUGAGGUCGUAGAGGCCACCCGUGUAACAAGGCAUAAAAACCAACGAGCCUUGCAGUGGGAGGCAGGCAUGUACGCCAACCAGGAGAGCGAAUGAAUCGGCAGCAACUUAACAGAUGUACCAACAUAACAGCUGCAAUCCUUCGUUGGACUGGAUUUAACUCCAUACUGCACUUACAAGCAAACUACACUUGCACCACCUCACUAUAUAAAGUCAAUGCCUUUAAAACAUGGACAUUUCAUUCACAGUUUAGCUAUAGCUGUUCAGAAUUGACUGGCAUUAUGGAAUUAGGUGUAGGAGUGGAGAGCAUCUUGCCUGCUUGAGGUGAAGUGUAUACAUUAUACAGAUUAGUAACAUCCCCAACUGUCAAAUAGUUUUUAGGUGAGGCUUGCUUUUUGAAUGAGGAAUAAAAUUAAAGAAGUAAACUAAAACCACGGCCAAGUUUUUACACAAACAGAAGGGCCCAUGAAAUCUGAACAUGGACACAAACUCAUUUAGACACAAGCUUUUAGAUUUAAUGAAGUAAUUUCUAUUUUGAAAUAAUGCUGAAUUUUGUUUUUUACUGAAAAACCUUUUUUCUAAAUUGUUUUAUUUUUUAUCAUUUGUAUUGAAUAUUGAAGAUGCUAAUUAUGGCUUUGGAGAUUUUUGCAGUAUUGUAAGCUAAAUGUCUUAUAACGAUUGUCUUUUUAAAGUGCUACAUUAAGGUUGUAUUUUGUUUCAAUAGUAGUCUGUGUUUAAUAUCAAGAGAUGAUACUGUUGUCUACUGUUUUUAAUAAUAAUAAUAAUAAUAGGCUGAUCAUGAAAGAGGUUUUCUUUCUACUUAUAUUUUAAGAAAACAAAAAUAAAUAAUUGUUAAAGAA